GCAAAUAAAGGGAGAUAACGGGCCAUGGGGAUCGGGUGAAAACUUUUUAUAUUGACAUGUUAGAGCAAUGACUUUUGUGUAACUGUAAAACUGGGGGUAGGCUCCCAGCGAGAGGAGAAGAGGUUACGGGAAGAUAAAAAGGAACGAUUGCCGUUGCUGGGUCUGGAAACGAAAAGUGAACGGCUAAAAAGAAGCAUUGGAGCAAGAUUCCCGAAAUUGAGAACAAUCCAAGAAACAGUGGUGGAAUAACCAGUUUAUCCAUUUGAAAGAUGAGCUUGUUGUCUGCCAUAGACACGAGUGCCUCCGUGUACCAGCCAGCACAACUUCUCAACUGGGUUUAUCUGUCUUUACAAGACACUCACCAGACCAGCGCAUUUGACGCUUUCAGACCUGAACCCAACUCAUCCCACCCGGAUCUCAACUACACCAAGACUCCCGCGGCUGAUUUGGGCUCUUCCCUGAACUCAAACUAUCUCAACAACUUCUUUCAGCUCCAGAGGAAUGAGGCCCUUAACAACAGUGUGUACAAGAACGUAUCUCCCUAUGGAUCCCUUAACAACAUUGUGGACGGGCUCAACUCCCUGACGGACCACUUCUCAGACCUCUCCCUCUCCUCUGAACCCCGCAAGCCCAGCAAGAGACCUCCUCCCAACUACCUGUGCCACCUGUGCUUCAACAAGGGCCACUACAUCAAGGACUGCCCUCAGGCCAGGCCUAAAGGAGAAGGGCUGACUCCCUACCAGGGGAAAAAGAGGUGCUUCGGAGAGUACAAGUGUCCCAAGUGUAAGAGGAAGUGGAUGAGUGGCAACUCCUGGGCCAACAUGGGACAAGAAUGCAUCAAAUGCCACAUCAAUGUCUACCCACAUAAACAGCGCCCUUUGGAGAAGCCUGAUGGCCUGGACGUAUCUGACCAGAACAGAGACAUCUACUCCCUCCAGCCACCUGUACUGCCUCCCCUGAAAGGCGUCCCUCACCCCUCCCUGCCUCCUUCCCCCACGCCGUCCCACACCGGCGUGCAGACCCUUCUCCAUCUCCCCAGUCUGUCCUCUGAGAGAAACCCCUUUCCCCCCAUCAGUACAGUCCCCAUCGCAUACGUCACCCCUACCACCCCUUUUACGAUUCCUUCCAUCUCUUCUUAACCCCCAACUCUAGGUACAGGUCCUAGUGAUUUUUCUCAUUUUCCAUAUAGUGGUUAAAAGUAGGAUUAUGAAUGGGAGAAACUGGCUUAGUAUAGUAACCUACUUCCACUUUGAGUGAGUUUUUGCCACAAAGUGCUCUUUCUAAAAAGUUCAAACUUGCCAAAUCCUUGCCUGUACAUAUUUUGUCAAUGAGCUCUGGUUUACCAGCAAACCAGUGUAACCCAAUUGUAUCGACGUAUAUGAGUUGUAACUGAUAGUUGAUUGAUUGUACAGUAUUAUUAGCAAUGUGUUUUAUCGGUGUCACUGACAGUAUUGUCACCUGUGUCGGCCACAAUGGAUUACCUCACUUUGGGGUCUGUUGGUUUUGUGUUUACAGAGUUCUGCCUUCCUUUUCCCUGCCAAGUGAAGUGUAUGUGGAUGUGCUGAACAUUAGAACAGGGCUUCUUAUGAUGGUAAUGUAACCAUGUUUGGGUCUACAGCACAUUCUUAUUAACUGUGAAUUAACUAAGGGGUAAUGCACCAUUCAUCCCUGGCUUACAUUUGGCCUAUUUAUUUGUGAUGUUGUCUAUUGUGCAAUUGAAAUUGAUUUAACUGGGACAUAUGUAUGUAUGUAUGUAUGUGUGUUUUUAUCAAUAUAUUGUGUAACUGCUUCCACAUCUUUAGAAACUACUGUUGGUUGAUUUGUAGAACUGUUCCUCAUUUAAGUGAAGUACAUAGGGCCUAUAUACAAGAGACUUUUAGUACACCUGUUAUGCAUUUCACUUUUAGUUAUGAUAAGAUAUUCAUUUACAUUCACAAGCAGUAGUUUUGAGAUUUGUCUGUUUAACCGUGCAAUACCAUCAGUUACACUUAACCAAUAUUGCAUUCUUGGCUACCCUAGUUGAGCAGUAAAUUGGCAGUGAACUAUACUGUAGGUUUGACUUUGUUGAUUUAGUUGUUUGUGCUGACAGGUAGAGCUGUUGCUCUCUAUAGUAGUAAUACCUCUUUAUGACUGAUCUAUACAUCUUCUUUCCGAGGGGCUGAACCCUUUACAAAGUGUCAAACAGGAUUGUGGUAAAGAAAGUUUAGUGGAGAGGGGUUAAGCAAUGUAGGACAGUUCAGUUUAUCGUUUGGUGAAGAAAGAGAGAGGUUGCAAAGGUUAAUUGGCAUGGUCGUGUGUCAUUUCUAAGGAAAUAUUGGAAGUCAAAAGAUGGAUGAAGUUUAUGUGUGCUUGAUACCACUUACAACCAUAAAUCAAUGUCUUUAAUUCAAGGGAACUACACAUCCAUGUAUCCCUGUUUACAUAAAUACAGUAUACUCAGACAUUGAGUAUUUGUUGGGAAAUCUGGACCGAAGACCAUUGUUGACCUAACAUUUUGUAAAAAUGUUUGUAACAUGGAAAUUAAGGUUAAAGUUAAGGUUGUAAAUAGGCCUAUAUUGUCAUCUAGUAGUAGGUAGUUUAAGCAAUGUUUUCAACACUAAAGCAUUUACAGUGAAAUGUUUCUUUUUUUUGGGACAAAUUAAUCUGUUUCUCCAUAAUGUGGAAUGUAUUUUAUACUGUGCUAACGUGCCUUAUGAAGACGUGCAGAGAAGAAAAUAAGUAUCUAACAUUCGGACAGAAAUCAAAUAGAUUUAGAGCUGGAAUUGAUUGAGGACUUGAGGUAACUGUGAGAUACAUACAUCUGCCAAUGUUAAUGCUGGUUCAAGAUGUGAAUACACCUGGGAGGAAAACAAUAGUACCCCAUUAGCACUGAAAGUUAAACUGACAUUUUCCUCUACACUAGUUGUUUAUUUGGAGGCAACACUAACAUUUCCAGCUGGCAAAAACAAUAACAUUGCACUCUGUUUUGGAACAUCAACAAAGAUUAAAAAAAAUGUUAUUUUGUCGUCGGAACUCAAAUAGCUCUAAAAGCUGUCCAUAUUACAUAUACAUCUGAUUAAGCAUUGUUAUAUAGUCUGAUGAUAUAGAGUCUGAGGAAAUCUCACAUAGUUACUUCCAACAAGUAUUAACAUGGCCCCUACAUUCUGUUGGGACAGAGCAUGAACUUUCCUUUGUCAGAGCGUGCAGAAUAUGCACGCCUAUCAAAUGAAUUGGUCAUAUGUGGUUAUACUGAACCAUCCUCUAUCAGAAAUAUACACAGUUAUUGUUGAAAGGACAAAUGGAUCACAAAUCAGUUGACAUGUUAGAUAUAUUGCAGUAGGUUAUUACAUCGAUAUUUAUCUCUGUCCAUUAAAUGUUGGGAUCAAUCUAUUCUCAAUGCUGUUUGAAAGCAAGUAGGUAAGCCUGAAAAGCCCAUAUGUCUAUAACACGACCACGGUGAAAUUCUUACAAGAUAAAUCUAAUUUAUCUUACUCUCCACACUUACUGUAGUUAUAGCGAUGCCAUAGUAUAGUGUUAAAUAGACAAACACCCCAAAAUAUUUGCUUAGACUAAGAGUAUUACUAGAGUACUGAAAGAGUUAUGACAUUUGCUUUGCUGUAGAAUGUAAGGAAAUAUCUAUUCGUAUCAACUUCCUUCAGAGGAAGUUAAUGAUCCUGAUAUGGCUCUUGAGAUUCUGGCCAGAGAAAAAGCCAUGUAUUACAGCUGGCAUAGAAGUAGGAAAGCAGUUAUUACAAUGUAUGUGCAUUUAAAAACUUUACAAGCCUUUAGGAUGUCUUUUGUCUUGAAUUACAUAUACUUGACUUUUAUAGUACCUUUUCAGUUUGAUAUUUUCUAUGAAGAUAUGUGUAUUUUGGAAAACUUAAAAUAGAUGAUGAAAUUUUCAGAGAAAUUAGCAAAAUUACAAGUUAUUUCCCUGAUAAAGAUAUUUACAAAAGACUAUUUUAUGUAUAUAUUUGAUGGCCAUCAUGUUUAAGGAUAUUAGCACGUUUUAAAUGUUAUGCAAUAUUAAAACUUUCGAUGUGAAAAAGGGCCUAUUGCUGAGACACAAACAAAGCUGGGAGUUUUUAUUUUAUGUUUUACAGAUCUGAGGCGUUAUCCUACAGAGAUAUUUAUGGAAAGAUUUUUUACAACACUUUUUGUAUAAAAUAUGCAACAAAGUUACACUAAGAAGGAAAUAUUGAUGUCUGCAUAGUAUAUUUUAAAAGGUUGGUACAUAAUUAAUACCCUUAAUCAAUUAUAAGCCUUUAUAUUUUCAUGUUUGUUUAUUUGUGGUUAGAAAUGUUAAAUAUUCCACAAUGAUACCCAAGUGCUCCAACUAAUAUGCCUACAACAUGAGUUAUUUUAUGUCCUUUGAAAAGCAUGAAUUUAUUCUGUAUACAAGUAUUACUUUUAUAAAUAUACACCAAUGUUGUGUCACCCAAAUGUAAUACCGUAGUGUUGAGAUAUUCUUCAGAAAGCAAUAAUACUAUUGUAUUUACAUGCCGAAGAAAUCAUCUUUCUAUAUUAGUGACUGAUACUCACCACUCUAUAAGCACAUUAAACUGUGAGUUGUAGUUUGCUUUAAGCAACCAUGACAAGGAACUAUUGUGAACUAUUAUGUUGUUAUUCCUUGAUUAGAAAUGGUGUACUUCUGUGAGUGAGACAAAGGACUAUGGGAGUGUUUGCAUGUGCAUGUGUUUGGGGUUUGAAUGAAGUGUUAUUUUGUGCAAUCUAUACUAAUUGAAUUUCUGCACAGUAAUGUAGUUGGCUACACAUUGUUUCUAACAUUCUUAACAACUAAUUGUUAUAAUUGAUCACAUGUAUCAUUCACUGAUAGUGUAUACCAAGUACAUAUUUAAUGAAUGUAUCGGGUUAACAAUAAUGUGGUCAUUAGAAAGUCUUGUUUAUAUUUGUUGAUGUCAUUUGAAAUCAUUUUAAUGCUAUAAUUUGAUUGGAAAGAGCACAGACGAACAGUGGGUUAUGAUGAAAACAGUUUGUAUAACUGGGAAAGCAAACAGGAAGGACAGGUCUGUUGUUCACGUCCAUGAAACGGCAUUCCAAAAUGUGCCUUAUUUUUUUUGUUAGGAAACCGACAUUAGUGCUUGAGUGCUAUUAGGAGUCUGACGAAUAAAAUCAUACUGAAUACAAAAUGUU